AUGGAGAAGCCAAACCAGGAUGUGAAGUCAAAGAAGGAUGGGGCUGAUUGGGUGGAAGAUGGAGUGAAGUGUCGAGGAAAGUGGAAGAAAAAUGAGAAAAAGAUGGAAAGAAGAUGCAAAGAAAGGGGAAAAGGAAGAAACGGCAAAAUGAAAAAAAAAAGGAAAAAAAAAGUAAAAGGAAGGGAGAAGGAAAGUGGAAGGGAGGAGAGAAAUGAGAAAAAUAGAGGGGGGAGUGGAAAGGAAGUGGAAGGGAUGAAGGAAACCAAGGAAAAAAGGGCUACAGACAAAGAAAUCAGGGGCACAAGAAGUUGGAAAAAAGUGAUGAUUAGGCCCCUGGAGAGGGGGAAACAGAAGCUCAGGGAAAAGGAAAGGAAAAGAAAAGUGGAAAAGGAAAAAAAGAGGACUGUCAUCGACCCUAGACAUAGCUAG